UGCAACCCGCCAUUAAGCCUAAAGAAGAAGAAGAAGAAGGAGGAGAAGAAGAAGACGACGAAGUAAAAGAAGAAGAAGAGGGAGAAGAAGAAGAAAGAGAAGAAGAAGAAAGAGAAGAAGAAGAGAAUAACCCCACCUAUAACCCCACCUAGUGUCCCUGUGUAUCAGUCUCAAGAUGGCUGCGCACAGUGCUACGCUCUCCAUGGCCAAAAUCCUCAAACCAUUUUGGACUGGAGUAGCAGGAACCACAGCCAAAGUAUUUGGGACAACCGUGUCAUGUCACAGGAAUAAAACGGUGCUGACUGGAGGAAAUAUUCCUCCCCCAGCUAAGUAUGGAGGCAGACACACUGUGACUCUCAUACCCGGAGAUGGAAUUGGUCCAGAGCUCUUUAAUCACGUCAGAGAAGUUUUCAGGUUCAGCUGUGUGCCAGUGGACUUUGAAGUGGUACAUGUUAACUCCGCCUUGGAGACGGAAGACGAUAUCAACAAUGCCAUCACCGCCAUUCGACGUAAUGGUGUGGCCCUCAAAGGUAACAUAGAAACCAAACACACCAUGCCCCCGUCUGUCAAGUCCAGGAAUAAUCUCCUACGCACAAGCCUGGACCUUUAUGCCAAUGUGAUGCACUGCCAGUCCCUCCCUGGGGUCCAGACCCGCCAUAAGAACAUCGACAUCAUGAUUAUCCGAGAAAAUACUGAGGGAGAGUACAGCAGUUUGGAGCACGAGAGUGUGUCCGGUGUUGUGGAGUCUCUCAAAAUAAUCACCAGGAACAAUUCCCUCCGCAUCGCGGACUAUGCCUUUCAGCUGGCCAGAGAGAAAGGGCGGCGCAGGGUCACCGCGGUCCACAAGGCCAACAUCAUGAAACUGGGUGAUGGCUUGUUCCUGCAGUGUUGCAGAGAAGUGGCCUCGGGCUACCCCGACAUCACAUUUGACAGCAUGAUUGUGGACAACACCACCAUGCAGCUGGUGUCGAAUCCGCAGCAGUUUGAUGUGAUGGUCAUGCCCAACCUUUAUGGCAAUGUGGUCAGCAAUGUGUGUGCUGGCCUGGUGGGUGGGCCUGGCCUGGUGCCUGGGGCCAAUUACGGCCGCGACUAUGCCGUCUUUGAAACGGCCACAAGGAACACAGGGAAGAGCAUUGCAAACAGGAACAUUGCAAACCCCACGGCCCUGCUCCUGGCCAGCUGCAUGAUGCUUGACCAUCUUAAGCUGUAUGAUUAUGCAACGUUGAUCCGGAAUGCAGUCCUCACGACCAUGAAUGAAACCCGGUUGCACACAGCGGAUAUUGGGGGGCAGGGCACCACUUUAGAGGUGGUUCAGUCCAUCAUGAGAAUCAUCCACAGCAGAGGGCAACACACAGCUGACAUCUAAAAACAAAAUGUCUUUGUAUUAUUGACAUUGAAACGGUUAUAGCCCCACCCUUAUCUCUUGAUAAUGCCGCCAUUGGAGAUCUUGUCUAGUCACAUUCUCUGUUCUGUAUUGUAAAACAACACACUUUACUGUAUGAUGAAUGCAUUUGUCAUUCUUUGUGCUGUAACUUGCAAUGGAAAAGUCUGUACUGUAUACCUUACCGAUGGCACGAUCUGUAUGUUGGCAUCAUUCCCAUGUCAUCUUCAUUUAUCCAGUGCAAACAUGAGGCUUUUGCCAUGCAAGUCUUUGACUCACAUGAUCACACUUAAAGCACUUCCUGUCUGAAUAUAGGCUCAUGUUAUUUUGCUUAUAAUUAGGAAUAAAAACUUUAUCAUAUACAAAUAAUUAAAUUAAUCUGCCUGAAGUAUUAUUUGUUUAUCAAGUACUGUAGCCAUAAUAGUACACUGUAAGUUUUGAUAUAUGUUUUGUCGCUAGGGGGCAGCAGCUCUUUCCAGAGGAGCCAAACGUGCAGAAAUAACUUAGUUCAUCAUAGCGGCAGUGUUCCAGAUGUGGGCUCCAAAUCAUAUGAGAGUAUUUUCUGUGUGGGGAGAAAGUGUAGCCAUGAAGUUGUUUGCAUUGAAGACUCCAUUUGUCCAUUUCCACCUUUAGAGAACCAAAGUGGUGUGUCCUUGACCUGCCCUCUGCCUGCUGGCCAAUAGCCGUUUGACUCCCAUUCCACAUGAAACCCCUUUGGAUCAUAAGAAGUCAUUCUUUUGGAUUUAUUCUUUGUAUUUGUGCUUUUUGCAAGCGGCUCCCCACAUAGGGUCGGCGUGUUCUCAUCAUUGUCUUUCUCUCAUGCAAUUGACCUCAUAUUGCUUCAUGAUGCACACUCUUCCCUCUUUCACUCAUCGCCGCCCCCCCUGAGCCAUCCCCUGGAGUCAAAGUAGGAGGCAGAUGGCGGUGGAUUACAAAGGGGGACCAAAGGGGAAAAUGGGGAAAUGUACGCAACAGACCAGCGGCCACUUGAUCUCCAUGGGCCAGCAUUCAGUGUGCAUCUGCAAAAGGGCCGGCCUCUGUGUGUAAUCCAAUACCGAUCGUUCACUUACGUGUUUCUCUGGCUGAUCCAGCCACCGGCCAAAGUGUGAUGACACCAUGGAAGUUUAGCAGGUGGCUUCCAAAGAGCGGUGCUGUGGGGUGUUUAGCUUGGAGGGGGGGUGCUCAGUCUGGAUUCCUGAAUCCAACAUACAUCCAUCACAUUUGAUUGAGCAUGCACUUCUGGCUAAUUCACAAUUUAUCCCCCCUCCCCCUGUUUCCCUAGUUGUGUCCGCUGAGGCCGGACCAGACACUUGAUUAGGUAAAUGAUUGCACUAAUAAUACAAGUUUCAUUUACAAUUCAAAUAUAACUAAAUGAUGCAAUGUCAGCAGACAUUGUAUGUGAAUUCUGAAAAGCUCAAAAUAACUGAAACACUUUGAAAAGGUAUGAAAAUCCCCAUUUAGAACGAACACGGGGGCUGUUUGGAAGCUGAAGCGCUAUUUGAAUGCUGUGGAAAUAUGCUAAAACGUAGACUGAAAGUAAGAGUAAAUUGGUCGUUGGAGCUCAAAUCAAGAACUGUGGAUCCAAGCACGCUACUUUUACUAAUUUGUCACAAUUGGGGUAGCAGUAGGGUAUGCCAAAUAAGUCUAGGGCAGGGGUCGGCAACCUUUACUAUCAAAAGAGCCAUUUUACAAACAUAAUUUAAAAACAAUAUCUUUGAAAGUUUCAACCUUUCUUAAUUUUGCCAUUUUUAACAGCAGAAUACAACCCCAGUGCUCCUGUUCAACAUGCAGCCCAAAGUCGGUGAUAUUUACACAACCAACCACUUGUUGCUCAUACAACAUUAAGACAACCUUCCAAAAUGUUCUACUUCUAACAGACAUCAACGAUAAACAACUGCUUUAUCAUGAUUGUUAAACAUUAGCCUUCAAUUGCCUAUGAAAUGAAUAUGCAGACUUAAACCAGAGCCACAAAAAGUGAAGCUCAAAUUAGGUCUACACAAAUCGAUUCAUAGGGAAGCAUGCUAAAAUCAGAGUCUUAAGGGGUACACAACUGUAAAAAAAAAAAGUUUGGGAACAAACUUUGGGUACAACAACGUACUACAGGAGACAGCGAUAGGCUAAAGGAUCCAAAUGUGGACCUGCCUUAAACUGUACACCCUCAGAUAGCCCUACAAGCCUCUAUGCCUGAGUUUAGUCAGUAAGACUGACUUCAUUAUCUCAUGAUAUUAUAAAUGACAAUUUAUUAUUUAAUUUAUGGAAUUAUUAGUUAAUUACAAAUGAAGGAAAUGAACUGGGAAAAUGUUGCCUGACAACAUUGCCAAAAGUGAGAAAACAUGCAUGUUAUGUUCAUUGGCCACUCCAAAUUGUCCAUACGUAUGAAUGGUUGUUUGUCUAUAUGUGCCCUGUGAUAUGUAUGUGUUGAAAAGCUUAAUUAACCUUAUUAUGUCACCUAUUAUGGGUAAUAUGAGUUUAAGGUGAUCAUAUGGGCCUC